AGCGCCGGAGGUGGAUGUGCGCACGGUGACUCACUCGUCCACUCAGCUUUCCUCAGGAGCUAACGAGACCUUUCUAAUGGCGCGACUUCUCCUCAAACCAUCCGACACCCGCCACAAAAUGUCUUUUAAAUCAGCGGGUUUUAUGGAGGAGGUGAAUGGAAUGCGGUCGACGUGCUUUUAGAGGCGAAGGGCCUGCAGGAAUUUGCGGUGAGCUUUUGUCCGUGAUCAGCUCGUGUUCGGCUCAGGACGGUGUGUUCCUGUGGUGGAAGCAUGGGGGGUGGUGGGGAUCUUCAGGACCACAGGAGUCCAAAGAGCUCCAAUACCCCGCUCUCUGCUCUCAGGGGGAACGGAAUCCAACUCCAUAAUCGGUUUACCUUAGGAGUGAGUUGUUUGCUUCCACGUUCAGUUAGUUCACUACUGAAGAGGACUGAAACUGAACCAUAACUGAAUUACAUAAUGAUUCGAUUUUCAGUCCGAUAAAAGAAAUCGAAGAGGGAUUUCAAAAUGCCUGUGGCUGGCGAUGCUCACCGUUCAAAUCAAACAUGGUCAUCUGGGUUUAUUGUUCUGAGCAUAGAGGACAUCAACUACUGCUAAUGUAACGAGUCAUCAUGAGAGGACCAUAUUUAUCUGUUUAUGUCGGUUGCUUCUCUGAUGUUGUGGAGAAAGCGGGGCUUGGUAGAUUCCUCAUCGGCCUCACAGCGUGGAGCAGCACAUGUUGAGGCCAGAGGGGUCCCAGCUGUGUUUUGGGUGUGCACACAAAAUUUGUUUCUGUGCCGGUGUGUGCAUGCAUGCAUGCCUGUGUGUGUGUGUGUGUGUGUGUGUGUGUGUGUGUGUGUGUGUGUGUGUGUGUGUGUGUGUGUGUGUGUGUGUGUGUGUGUGUGCGCGCGUGCAUAUGUGUGUGUGUGUGUGUGUGUGUGUGUGUGUGUGUGUGUGUGUGUGUGUGUGUGUGUGUUUGUGUGCGCAUGCAUGCGUGCAUGCAUAUGUGCAUGUGUGUGUGUGUGUGUGUGUGUGUGUGUGCGUGUAUCUGUGUGUUGACCCUACUCUAUGUUAAUGUCACCAGCGGUUUGUUGGUCAUGUGACCCAUGUGUCAGUGCCGGUGUUCAUCACAUGUGAAGACACCGUCGGCCUACGUUACGUGUCCAGCUCCCCGUUCAGCUGGACGCCAGGGGGGGCUUCAGAAGGCACGUCAACAAGACAAGACAUGAGAGAAAGGUCCAGGAGGAGAGGAUAUGAACAUGUCUUCAAAUAGAAAGGGACUUUGCACUUACUUAAGUGCAAUGACACAAAUAUGACAGGGGGGGGAAUGUGUGUGCCUCUCUCUCUCUCUCUCUCUCUCUCUCUCUCUCUCUCUCUCUCUCUCUCUCUCUCUCUCUCUCUCUCUCUCUCUCUCUCUCUCUCUCUCUCUUUGUGUGUUUGUGUUGUUUUCUGUUGUGUACUGUCGUCAUUGUCCCCUGCCCGUUCCUAGGGACCUGUGUGAAAGCUCAUUUAUUUAACAUACAAUAUUUAUGUCUCAAAGGGGCGGAAAUAAAAAAUAUCGCCUGGGCUAAUUGUUCAGUAAGACGUGAUUGGCCAUCUGGGACUGCUUUAUGUUGUUCUGCUUUUAACCAAGUACAGAGAUGGAGGUGCUUUUAAAAAAGAGAACAUUUCCACAGCCUACGUACAAUAUUCAGACAGACGGUGAGAGGAUAAUUACGAUAAGAGAAAGAAAACAGACAAGCUCGAGUUAUUCCGGAUCAUGGACGUCUUGCGCCCUCAAGUGGCAAUAAACUGUAAGGGAAGAAAUAAGAUAAAAAAUGAUAGGAGAAUAGCUGACGAUCAUGAGGGGGUUUACUAAGGAAUAUAAUAUAGAAUAGAAGGCACAAGUUGGAAUAAAGUUCCUAUUUUAUGGUAAUGAAUGAACCUGCAUUGAUAUGCCUAUAAUUAUCCCUUCAUGUGGCAUUAAUUAUCAAUUGAAGUGGUUUACCAUUUUAUUAGCAUUUUAUGUUUGUGGUAAAUUGUGUUUAAUGUAAUGUUUUUAAAGGACUCAAUAAGAAGGAUAGGCCAAGAACAAACCAUUGUAUUUGCAGGUAGAAGCAGUAUCAUCUGGGAACACAAAGAGGCAUGCUGACCUUCUAGAUCUGACUUCACGCAGCCCCUCCGAGCCACGAGACAAUGUGGCCCUUCCAGAGAAAACAUCCCAUAAUGACAGCGUGGGUGGCCGUCACUCCCACAGUCAAAAAACCAACACGUGUCGUAGAGAAGACGACAGGAGAUACACGCCAGCCUGCCAGAAUCACAACAAACACCCACACAGUCAGUGUGUGUGUGUGCGUGUUAGUGUGUUUGUAUUUGUGUGUGUUUGUGUAUGUGGGUGUAUGUUUAUGUGUGUGUGUGUGUGUGUGUGUAUGUGCAUGCGUGUGUAUGCUAGUGGGUGUAUGUGUGCGUGUUAGUGUGUGUAUGUGUCUAUCUAUGUGUGUUUGUGUGUGUGUACUCGUGUGUCUUAGCGUGUAUGUUUGUAUGAAUGUUUAUGCGUGUGUAUGCGUGAUAGUGUGUGCGUGUUUAUGUAGGUUUGUGUACGUGUGUGUGCGUGCGUGCAUGUGCAUGUGCAUGCAUUUGUGUGCACGUGUACUGCAGGCUGGUGUUUGUUAAUAAACAGCUCAGAGAAGAGCGUCUUCAUUCACGGCUCCAGCAGCAGCCGUCUACGUCUGCAGAAAACGGCCAGCGCCGGAGAGCAGAGAGCAGCGCUGAUUAAAGAUGGAUGUGAGACUCGUGUCAGGAGGCCCCUGGGCCGGCUGCCAGGACUGUCAGCCGCUCAGGUGUCAGCGGCUGGCCGCAGCAACGGGAGCAGAGAACCGGAGAUCAGCAGGAGGAUCACGUCCUCCCGGGGGGCGAAAAGGCUGCACUCACCGCGGCACACCUAGUCCAGAACAAACAGGAAGUUCUCCGUCACACCAGGGGCCAAGGAGGGAUGAGGCGAUGGCGUCUUCUGGAGCCGAGUCGCCACGACGACGCACUUUGAGGAGGACCACCGGCGGCAGAACCCUGCUCCAGGACCUCCUCCACAAGGGAGGCUCUCACGCCCCAGGUGAGUUGGGCAGGGAGCCCAGGCUCAUCCAGUCCAUAGCCGGUCUGAUGAGGGGCAAGGGUCAGCUGCUGCUCCUGGAGAGACCUGAUGCUGUGGAGGUCUACAAGCUUAACAAGCCCCCGGUCCGUUCAAAGGGAGCUGCUGCCGACCAGUUGUACCUGCCGAGGAUACCGAGAAGGCCCUCAAACCUGGCCUCGCUCAGGGCGUCCCUGAGCAACUCCUGUCCCUACCUGUGCGACCAGCGAAGAGGCAGUGUGUCCUCCAUGUGCUCCCAGAAAACCGUCAACUGGGAUAAAAAGACGAGCAGCCUGAAGGCCCUGGCUGAGGCUAAGAAGUCCAACGUCACCGUGACGAUGACCUACCUGGGGCUGCGCAACGCCCACUCCGGCUCAGGCACCUUACAGGACGAGCUGCGGGUCCUCCAGCAGGUGAACGGGGGGGAGAACCUCUGCGUGUUCAAAGGCCUGGUAACACCCGGAGAGCGGUUCCAGUUCCUGUCCCAGCGACACCGGGGCUACCCCUUCAGCGCCACCAUGUAUGUCGACGGCCUGAUGGCCGCCCGCAUCAGCUCCUGCUGCGAGUACCGCUACUCCCCGGGCUUCCAGCAGGGCCAGCGGAGCUGCUUCAGACUGGCCUGGCUCUCCGGGGGAACGCCCUGCCACAGAUGUACAAGUCUCCGAAACAAAUACGGCUCCUGCCAGCAGCUGAACAAUGGCACAAAGGAGAAUUUAAUUCCCCCGCUAGACCGGAACGCUGGCAAAGCCCCCGAUGAGGAGCAUCACUCAGCCCCCCCGCUCCUCCCCGCCGCAAAGCCAGAGAAGAAGAAGAAGAAGACGUUGAGGCAGAGGACACGGGAGCACAGCCGGGAGGCCAGCUGUCCGUCCAGCGACAGCGAGGAGGACCCCGCGCCCGCAGCCGCCAAACGUUCCUCCAAGCCCAAGAGACGCAAGGGCCGCCCCGGUCCGAGGGAGGGCAAGGGUGGGACGGGGGGCAGCGGCGGAGAGGGGAGGAGGCGGGGCAGUAAGGCGGACCCCAAGGAGACUCAGGUGCUGGGGGGCUACGACGGCAGAACCGCGACUCACAAACAGGUCCAAACAGACCAGGAGUCCCCCGGUCAGGGCAGGACCCCGCGGGCCAGGAGGGGGGUGGUGAACUCUGGGAGAGGGGUGGUGGACUCCGGGGGUCCGCAGGACAAGGAAGCCCUGACGAGGCACAAAGCGGGAAGAAAGACGGAGCCCGGAACAAAUGAGAAAAGCAGAGAUGGGGAUGGAACCAAGGACUACUAUGAAGAGUGUUUGGACAUGAGUGCAGCGCUGGAGCGGCGCCCAAACCAACACAACUGGUUCAAGGCAAACAUCUUGGAGCGAUGUCGUCUGAAGAAGCGCCUGGCAGCAGGCCCCCCAGGGACCAGCUCCGACCUGGAGCCUAGCGAGUGUGAGAGCGAGGAAGAGGUUCCCCCUGAAGACGAGCCAGCAGAACCAGAUGUGGAAGAACCCCCACCAGAACCAGAGGUGGAGGAACCCCCACCAGAACCGGAGGUGGAGGAACCCCCACCAGAACCAGAGGUGGAGGUUCCCCCAGCAGAGCCAGAGAACCUGGGAGAAGAAGAUCUGCAGACACAGCUUGACGCCAUGAUGGCGGUGCUGAACGCGUCGGAUGAGGUGGAGCAGCUGGUGCUGAGGAACACGGGCCUGACCGACGACCUGCUGUGGAACCUGGUGGAGGUGCUGAAGAGGAGCCCCUCCGAGGUCACCCUGCUCAACCUCAACCUCAACCGCAUCGGCCCGUUCGGAGCCCACGUCCUACUGGACCUGAUCAGAGCCAAGCCCCAGGUCCAAGGGAUACACAUAUUCGGAAACAAACUGCGCGACUACGGCCUCCAAAUCCUGGUGAACGGGAUAGUGGAGCUGCAGGAGCAGACGGCCAGCGAAGCAGUCCUCCAAGACAGCAUGCUCCUCCAGUCAGACCAGGACCUCCAAUACACCAUGCCCCUACAGUCAGAGCAGCACCUCCAACAAGCCAUGCUCCCUCAAUCAGAGCAGCUCUUCCAGUCAGAGCUGCACCUCCAACACACCAUGCCCCUUCAGUCAGAGCAGCACCUCCAACAAGCCAUGGCCCUUCAGUCAGAGAAUCCCCUCCAGUCAGAGCAGCACCUCCAACACACCGUGCCCCUUCAGUCCGAGCAGCAGGUGAACCCGGACCACCUCGUCAGCCUGAGCGCUACGUGGGGCUCUCUCAGCAUCUUCACCCUGCUGGAGCUUGACAUCGGGGGGAAUGGCCUCGCCAGCGACGGGCUGCGGCUGCUGGCGGCGUACAUGAGACACUACUCCUCCCUGCAGUACCUGGGCCUGGCGCAGACCAGCGGGGCUGACCUCGCCGCGUGGAAGGAGCUGUUUGACAGCCUCAAGGAGAACAGCUCGCUCACUCACAUCGUCCUGGACGAGAGCAGCCUGGGGGACCCGGGGGUGCGGAUGCUGGCCGACGUGCUGCGGGUCAGCGUCAGCCUCCGGCUGGUGGACCUGGACAGGAAUGGCAUCAGUGACGUGGGAGGGAACGACCUCAUGGGGGCGUUGCUCUGCAGGACUCGGUGUCCACUGAGCCACCUGAGCCUUCAGGAGAAUGACAUCAGCCCGGGACUCAUGAGACGCAUACAGGAGGAGGUGAAGAAUACCUGACACCAAACGACUCAACGAUGACGAGUAACAUGUAGUUAAAGGUGCUGCAGGAAAGGUUUUUGAGUGACAGUAGAUAAUAUUUGCCACCCUCUCUGCUCCCUCCCGCCCUGUGUUUCUCUGUCAUUGGGAAGGGAUGCAUUCACUCCCCUUUGAUUGACAGGCAAAAUGUUUUUCCUGAACCAAUCAAGGAAGAGCUGUCCUCCGAAUGGGUUCCAUACAGAUGCAGGUGCAGUUAACCAGAGAAGAUAUUUCACAGGGCAUUCAACCGCUGCCUUUGUAACAAAUUAAAGUCAAAUGAUGGUUCUUAAAUAAUGCCUGCAGUACCUUUAAAUGUAAAUGAAUGUACUGCAAUACACAUUGUUCAAAGAGUAUUCAUAUCUUCACAUUAAUCCCCAAAAUCAAAUAUGCUACAGUGAUCCGAUGUAAAAAAAAUACCUGAAUCUCCUGCUUCUAGGCCACGGGUUCUCAUAGCGCCCCUGAUCCCCGGAUACUAAUCCCAGAUAAGCCCCUCAACCCAGAGAAACCAGAUCAUUCAUCAAGUAUGACAGGAUGUCUUAGGGGAUGUGUCCCACAACCUAUACCCAGGUCCUCAGUUUCCCCCCCUUGGCAGCGCCGUGAAACGACCCAGUUCAUGACAGUGGCCGCCUCGAACAACCCGGAGAAUGUUCUCUUUCACCAAUUACCACGUCUCAGACCGGAAAAACAUUAGUACGAUUUGUUGUUCAGAAACUGCCAGGAAAGAAUUCAGCUGGCGCUGGUCUUGGUCCUCCUCGACUAGAAUGCUGCCAGUUACAACCCGCCAGUCUGUUCUGAGGCUCCCAGCAUCGGCUCAAGUCGAGCCCACGGGAAAACACAGAUCUCCUGCUGCUUCCCCUGCACGCCCAGCCCAGGACGUACAGCUCGACCCCUGUAGGGUAGAGCCAGGCCUCAUUCAGACAAUGUUUGAAUUAGACUCAAUUGCAGUCUGGAUCGGCUUGAAGAGAGCACUCCUAUUUAGAUGUGAUUCUGGUUGAAUGCAGCGUCUUCUUCCUCUUAUUCCUCCUGCUUCUUGAUUGCAAGGAAUUGAUUGAUUUCAAUAAUUAGAUUUUCACAAGUUCACUGCAGUAAUAAGACCUCCGAUCUGAGAUCAGUCCCCUGUCUGGUGAUCUGUAGUCAACACACCGCCGUUCCUGUCAGAGGUGUGGAGAAACUAGGGCAACUACACACACACAACUACACGACGCCCUCGGGUCGUUGUUCUUUCAACGACGACAAUUUGAUAAUAACCUUACGUGUGAUCAAAGCUUGUCAUGGCAGGAAAGAUCCCCACCGAAUGCUCAGAAGGCUGCCAAUAGGGACUCUGCUGAAACCUAUCCCUCCACGUUUCAUCUCCAGUCUCAUGGAUUAACUCCCCCAGUGAUAACAGUCCUCUGGAACAGCUUUGCCCCGGAUGACAGACAAAUUAGUCUGGCGCACCUGAGGAUUACAAAACCCAGUCGCAGUUUCAGCGGCUAAAAUAUUAAACUCUGCAGUGUACCAUAGACCUAAUUCACCUAGAACGUUCAUAAGUAGAAAGUUAUAUGCUAACCCUUACCCUCUUAUCCUAGCUAUCUUUGUUGUUUACAGGGAAUGGGUUAACCUAACAAUUGUUAGUGCUUGCCACUUGGUUCUAUCAACAUUCUGACUAUACCAACAGUGGUAUAUUGUUGUUCCUCCUUCUUCUGACAAAAUUACUUAUUGUAAGUCGCAUUGGAUAAAAACAUCUGCUGAAUUCCCUAAAUGUAAAUGUAAAUGUAAGGAACAUUUAGAUGGUUUGAUUGGGUUGUCAUGGUUUCCCCAAAAAUUCUGGAAAGUUUCCCCAACCAACCAACCAAUAUGGCCACUAGGGCAUAAGGGCCCUUUCCUACCAACAGAUGCAUGCAUGUGAUACAGUGCAGUUGUGGUCAUGCAGGCUGAUUCAGCCCUAUUCUGAUCAUUCGAGAACUUCAUUAACUCCCAUUGAUACUGAGAGUCGUCCGUUUACACCUGGACAUGGUGUGUAUCGAUAGCCUGCUGUAUUUCACUGCCUCCUGCAGCUCAGUGCAUCUUUUGUCUCUGGGACAACGUGACCUUAGAAUACCCUGAAAUGAACACUUCCCUGAAAAAAAUCCAGAAGCUAUUGCCACAAUGUUACCUGUUCCUUCUCGCUUUUAGAAUAAACACAGACAAAUGUUUAAGUGAAGUGAGUAUUGUGUAUGUUUUAUUUACUAUUCUUCAGUAAUGGAAUCAGAAUCGUAUUUUAGGAUUUUUUUAUAAAUGUAUUAAUAAAUAUUG